AUGAUGGCAUCACAGGACACCGAGGAUAGUGCAGAUGCCCACCCAUUUGACAAUCUCAGGAAGUUCGACACCGCAGAUAUCCCUGAACCCAUCGAUUCUGUUGUCCAGCAAAAGCUGCCAGAACCCUCGAUGCAGCUCUCCCGUCCACAGUAUAUCUCUGACCUGCCCAUCCCCGAGGUUCCUCCGCCACUCAGCAUGAGCUACAAAGUGUUCUACGUAAAGUUCCAGGAGCUGGAGAAAGCGGGAAUGGUUGAUGGGACGGGGGAAUGGCAGGACCCUGGAUAA